ACAUUUCCUUUGAUCGGACUCGGCGGACGUAUCUGUGCGAUAUUACGGGAAAAAGUAAAGACUGAAAAAAAUAUAUAUAUCGAAAUGCGCACAAAACCGCAAUUAACCUUUUCGAAAUUGGAUAACAAAACAGGGGAAUUGUUGGAUAGGAUGUUUGUUAAGAAGGAUUGCAUGGUCGAGAUCAAUCCUGGCCGGGUGAUACUGCCGGCUGAUUAUAUGACGAUUGGAUCGGAUAUAUUGGAUAUGGAGGUACGGGAGAACGACGUUUGGAUGUGCUCCUAUCCGAGGACAGGUUCAACGUGGGCACAAGAGAUGGUGUGGCUUAUCGGGCACGACUUGGAUUAUGAAGGAGCCAAAUCUUUACAGCAAAUUCGAUGCCCUUUAGUCGAGCUAUCUUGUAUUAUGGUGGACGGGCAUUCCGAAUGGCAUGACGAGUCAGUGAAGGGAACGUCAGUAGAUUUGGUGAAGUACCGCCUUCCAGUACCUCGGUACAUCCGGAGCCAUCUUCCUUGGGACUUAUUGCCGGUGGAUAUUCAGAGGGAAGACGGUUUUGCUAAGCCUAAGAUUAUAUAUACUUCUCGUAAUCCGAAAGAUAUGGUUGUGUCGUAUUACCACUACUGCACCCUAGUACACGGCCUGAAGGGUUCGUUUGAAGAGUUCUGCGACAUCUUCAUGAAGGAUCAUGCUCCUUUCGGACCAGUCUGGAACCAUAUUCUGGGUUUCUGGAAUCGUCGUCACGAUCCGAACAUACUAUUUAUAAAGUUCGAAGAGAUGAAACGUAACUUACCAGCUGUCGUGAGACGCACGGCGAAAUUUCUCGAAAAGUCUCUUUCAGAUGAUGACGUCACCAAGCUAUGCGAUCACUUAUCCUUCAGUAACAUGAAGACUAACAGAGCUGUUAAUCUUGAAGCUAUAUUGGAGAAAUCAUACGGGAAGAGCUACUUGGAAGCAACGGAUUUACGAUUCAUAAGAAAAGGAGAAAUUGGUGAUUGGAAAAAUUAUAUGUCCGAUGAUUUGUCUCGAAGUUUCGACGAAUGGGCCGCGGAACAUAUAAAAGGCACCGGUCUGAGUUUUGAAUAAUUCUAUUUUUGCAUUAAUUUUUUUUUGUUUGUACAUCUAUAAAAGUACUAUGGAAAAAUUUUUUAUUGUCUAUUGAUUAUGUGUUUCAAAUAUAUUAUAGUGUAUGUAAAAUGUUAAAGGUUUAAGUAUUUUUGUAUGAUAAACAAAUAGUGAAGAUUCAAAUAAAAAAUGAACUUUUCAAAAA